UUUAUUUUAUUUUUUUAUUUUUAAGAGUAGACCGACGCUGCUUCUAACAGUUUGAGUUGAAUGUUAAUGGCGGUGGCUUGAGACUCAGCUUCAUCAACAACUGAGAGUGGUAUCAUUAUUUUCCCAUCAAUCAAAAGAAAUGUUUCCAAAGUUGUUAAUGAGGCAACUACGAUUUCUGAGAAACAGACCUCUUCUCAAUCUCAGAUUUUUGUCUGAUACUUCAACAACGCCUUCCCAAUCUUGUAAUUCCACAAUUACCCCCAAUAAACUCCACAACCACUCACCUUCCUCCUCUUUAAAUUAUCUCGAACUCGCUAAAUUUUCCGCCAUUGCUGACACCUGGUGGGAUUAUCAAGGACCCUUUAACAUUGCAGCCAUGAAAACUACCAGACUUGCUUUCAUUCGCUCCACUCUUUGUCGACAUUUCAGAAAAGAUCCUUACUCCGCUAGGCCUUUUGAAGGACUAAGUUUUGUUGAUGUUGGUUGUGGAGGUGGAAUUCUUUCAGAGCCUUUGGCAAGAAUGGGAGCUACUGUAACUGGCAUUGAUGCUGUGGAGAAAAAUGUCAAGAUUGCCCGUGUUCAUGCUGACCUGGAUCCAGAGACUUCGACUAUUGAAUACUGUUGCACAACAGCUGAAAAGCUUUUAGAGGAACAGAGGAAGUUUGAUGCUGUGAUUGCUUUAGAGGUAAUUGAGCACGUGGCAGAUCCUGCUGAAUUCUGCAAGUCUUUGGCAUCAUUAACUGUCCCAAAUGGAGCCACUGUGAUUUCAACAAUUAACCGUUCUAUUAGAGCAUAUGCAGCUGCCAUUGUUGCAGCAGAAUACAUCCUCCACUGGCUUCCUAAAGGUACACAUCAGUGGUCGAGUUUUCUUACUCCAGAAGAGCUAGUACUAAUACUAAAACGAGCAUCGAUCAAUGUGAAAGAGAUGGCAGGAUUUGAGUACAACCCCUUAACAGGAAGAUGGUCUUUAUCUGAUGAUAUUAGUGUAAACUUCAUUGCUUUUGGCACCAAAAUCCCUCGGUAAAAAUUGUUCUUGUGUAAAUCUUUUGAUGCAUAACCCAAUAAAUAAAUUUCCAAAUAAGUAUGUUGAUCCUGUAUACAUUGAAAAUUUUUAGUAUUCUAUUAUCACUCACAGUGACAAGGUUCAGGAUAUUAUAUUGAUUUUUGUAUGGAUUUUGUGAAAGUUGAAAUGAUAUUGCAACUUGUUAUUGUA